AUGGAUGAUCAAGUGAAUGAAUGCCUUUGCCGCACCAACAACUUUGAUGAAGAUUACCUCCUGAGAGAGACCCUCCAACAGCCGCAACAAAGCAGCCAGACGGCCAUCGGAAAUAGGGCAACAAGUUCUUAUAUACUGUCUUUCGAUAAAUCGGCAAGUAAGAGGAGAAGAAGCGCUUCAGAGACGGCGGAUCACAUAAUGUCAGAGAGGAACAGGAGACAGGAACUCUCUAGAAAGUUCAUUGCACUUUCCGCAACUAUACCUGGCUUGAAGAAGACGGAGAAGGCGCACGUACUUGAAGAAGCCAUAAAGUACGUGAAAGAACUAGAAGAGCGUGUGAAGGUGCUAGAAGAAGAUGGCGAGAUAAGCAUAACGAGAUCUCAUGUGUGCGAGUGCGGCCACGAGACACUUCCAGAAGUUGAAGCAAGAGUAUUGGGGAAGCAAGUGCUCAUCAAAAUUCAUUGUGCCACUCAAUGCGGCAUUCUCAUCCAAAUAUUCUCCCAACUUCAACUCCUUCAUCUUUCCAUUUCCAGCAGUAACGUCUUGCCAUUUGGGAACACUCUUGACAUCACCAUUAUUGCUCACAUGGGUCACAAAUGCAGCUUCAUAGUGAAGGAUCUAGUCAGAAACCUCAGACAAGUGGCUAUGCUCAAAGAAGAAGAAUGUCAGAACCUACCAAAUAUACCAACCAAGGUCACUCAUUAA